AUGGAUUCCUGGCUUACACUCAUCUUGCAGGUCAUCAUCGCUGCCGCGACCCCCAACAACGUCUGGGAGACUGGCACCUACAAGUUCGGAUACGAUCGCUUCUUCUACUACGCCUGGCUCGCCGUUGAGCAGCUCGGCGGCCCCUCCAAGGGCUACUACUUCGUCCCGCACGGCGAGUACGCCGCCCAGGCGAUGAAGGGUCUCGGCGCGACCACCACCAACGCGAACUACCCCAACGACCACACCCACACCGCGCCCUUCCUUGCCGAUGCUAUUCACAAGUCAUUUGUCCUCGGCCUCAAGUGCGGCACCACUGCACUCGCCGCGCUUGCCAAGAACACGACUGCUUCUCUGACGUCGACCUACCUCGGCGGUUGUGUCGACACGUACAACUCCACUGUCCACGCUCUCCUGCGAUAA